AUGGCCGAAAUUACUGAUGCUAAAUUAAACAAAGGUGCAAAGAAAAUAGGUGAUUAUUAUAUUUUACAAAAAUAUGAUGUAUUAACUGUGGCUGAGAAGAAAUAUUUAAUUCAUAAAAAAACGGACGACAAAGAUGAUAUCAAUAAGAAAGGGUCAAAUCGUAAAUUGGUUAUCAAACCAAUUGUAAGCAAAGACUUCAACGAGAGAGGUCAAGUUGACUUGGUGGAUUUCCAGUCAUUACCUGACGGAAAAUAUAAAUGGAUUUUAAACUAUCAAGACCACCAUACAAAAUUUAUAUCUUUAUUUCCACUUGAAAGUAAACGAGCGGUCGAAGUAGCAUCUAAUUUACUCACAAUUUUUUUAACUUUUAGUGCACCGAAAGUUUUACAAAGUGAUAACGGUAGAGAGUUUGUAAAUUCUGUUAUUAACGAAAUUAAGGAACUUUGGUCGGAAUGUAUUAUUGUACAUGGGAGACCAAGACAUCCUCAAAGUCAGGGAAGUAUUGAACGUAGCAAUCAGGAUGUCGAAAAUAUGCUUCGAGCAUGGAUGAAGGACAAUAAAUCUAAAAAAUGGUCUGUGGGAUUGAAGUUUGUCCAAUUCCAGAAAAACUCUUCACACCACCGCAUAAUUGGCCGAUCUCCUUACAAAGCAUUAUUUGGUUGUGAGCCUAAGGUUGGAUUAACAACAUCUAAUUUACCACAAGAAGUUUAUAUACAAGAAUAA